AUGGGCCCUUCUAACGGUAAGGAGAACCAGGCGCCAAACGCUCCUGCCAGCCCCAAGUCGCUACUCGACUCAUUUAUGGAACAGUUGCCCAUGCCAACGGUGCGUUAUAUGGACGCACAGGGACAAUUUACGCAGAUAUUACACAUUGGAGAGUCAGCACGAUCGAUUUUCUUGCUGGAUAAGGCCUCUGAGCAGCGUCUUCGACUUGUAAUUGCACUCAAAGAGGCUCCACGAUCGGCAGCCACGUGGCUCGAGCUUUUACGCUGCCCAUUGGGUGGAAAUCCAGGAUUAUACAGUAAGUUACGACUAUUGAAGCGUGCGCUAACGUGCAUUGACGUGGAGAUAGCACGAGAUACGGCAGAGUACACGGAGAUCUGUAUUAUGCUGGCCAAAUUGAGCGAUAGUGAGAAAGGGGUGAGACAGAACUUUCAGGAGAUGAAGAAACGACGAGUAGGUGAGAAGCAGCCGUUGCGGUAUGAGGAAGAGGCUGCGUUUGAGUAUGAAGCUGGAAAUAAGGAAGUAGCCAAAGAGAUUUUGGAGCUCGGAGUAGACAAUAACGCUCUGACAUCGAUACAAAAGGAAAAGCUACUGAACCGGGUGAUUGCCGGGAGAGCAGGUUGGGUUGCGGCUUUCUCGGGCUCGCCGCAAGAGCAAAAAGUGCUUGCGUUACAGACCAAGAGGCAGGCACUUAGGAAGAUACAAGGCAACAGUAUGACCAACAGCAUGCAGAAUAAGGAAGAACUAGUUGUUACUACUCCACGUGGUUGCGCAGCGACUUCACUUCAGCUUUUGACCAUUCCAGCAGACAUAACACCUAUAAGCUAUAGUAGAGAAUGCGACGCUUCCACUUUGGGUUCGAACCACAUGUUGAUGACGCCGUCGAAUGCAACACCAGUGUCCCAUGGCCGGAACGGGGAAAGCUUCUCGACCGUGUCUAAAAUACCACAUCGCGGAAACAAAUCACCGUUGCCCACGACACCGUUAUUACCGACGCGGUCGAGUCUCAAGUCACAGUCUACAUUGCGAAAGCCACCUGCGCGUUUUACGUUCGGAGGUCCACCACUUCGAGUGAUUGCCACCAAUCGCGAGGAUGACGAUGAUAAUGAUGAGGAUGAUGACGACGCUAUGAUGGAGAGCCAAACAACUCCGACCAGGCCUGAAAAGUCAACAGCCACAAUUGAGGAGACUGAGAAGGCCAUUAGUGCGUCACCUGCAAUCAAGUGCGAAAGAAUGCUGAAACCCAAAAUUGAUGUGGGAGAUAUUUCUCAUAUUUUGAAAUGGAAUCCAGACAAGGAGAAGGAGAGAAAAGGUACAUGUACCGACCGCAAGGACACUAAAGUUUCGCUUGAUAUACCCGCAAAGCUCACUGGAGGAGGUGCACAACUUCAAGCUCUUAUCGAAAAGAGACCACAAGAGAAAUCAAUUGAGACGCUAGCUGUGCCACCAGCAAUAGUGCAGCGCCUACCUCAAAGCAGAGAAGUACAACCAGUUUUGAUGGACGUAUCAGUGCCCGACAGGAAGUCCUCUGUUGUUGAACAUUAUCUGUCACCUAGAAUGAAAAGUUCAUUGGACAGCAGAGCAGAUACAGCGCUAAAAGCGCCUUUGCUGCUGGAUAGGAGCACCAUCACACGUACGAAGGAUCAUUAUCGCUCCCCGAAGCGCCGACAACUUGACCCGAGUGUAGCGGUGAGGAAAAAGCAAGUUGACCUAAGCUCACCAAGCUCUAUAUCUUCUCCGUCGUCUCCAUUGGUGGCGUCACUGAGCAGCAACUCGUCACGGGAUGCACUAGAAUCUCUAACGAGCAGAGUUGUGGUGAACGGUCUGAAGUAUAUAAAAUUGGAGCAGAUUGGAAGUGGUGGUAGCAGUAAAGUUUAUCGAAUGCUUGGACCCGAUCUCAAGAUCUACGCGCUGAAAAAAAUUAAGUUGAAGAAACUGGAUGCAAAAAGUAUUGCCCAGUACACAAAUGAGAUAAAGCUGUUGAAACGCUUACAAGGCAAUCCGCACAUUAUCAAGCUUAUUGCUGCCGAGCAAGAUCUUCAACAGCGGCAGAUCAACGUGAUAAUGGAGCAUGGUGAGAUCGAUCUAAGCGCGCGACUUCGCGACUUGAACGGUGGUAUGGAUGAAAAUUUGCUACGAGUCAUUUGGACUCAGAUGCUUCAAGCUGUUGAUGCCAUUCACAGAACGCGAAUUAUUCACGGCGAUUUAAAACCGGCGAACUUCUUGUUUGUAAAUGGUGCGCUUAAGCUUAUCGACUUUGGCAUUGCAAAGGCAAUUCCUUCAAACGACACGACAAAUAUCGAACGCGACAGUCAGAUCGGUACGGUCAAUUAUAUGUCUCCUGAGGCUAUUCAAGGCAACACCUUGCCCAACGGCGAGCGUGAUCCUGAGGGAAAGAUGAAGGUUGGACGCGCAAGUGACAUUUGGUCGUUAGGGUGCAUUCUCUACCAGAUCGUGUACUCGAAGCCCCCAUUCGCGGAUGUUCGCAGCAUCAUUGAUAAAUUUCGCUGUAUCAUCGAUCCGGCAGUACCAAUUCCGUUUUCCCCGCUGCAGAACCAAGACCUGGAAAAUGUGAUUCGCUCUUGCUUGCAGCGAGACCAUCGUCGUCGACCUCCAAUCACUGGAGAAAGAGGUUUGUUGAGCCAUCCAUUUUUGCGGAGCGGAGGCUCGAGUGCGUGCGAGCCGUCAGUUACCAUGGUGAACAUGUCCAAUGCGUCACAAAUCCUCUCGCAGCUUGGUAAUCUAUUGCGCUCUCAGGGAUUGCCUAGUGGUCGCGUGAACAUGUUCAUGUCCAUCGGUCAGGAAGGCCUGCGGAAUGAAAGUAACGACGUCUUUGGAACACAUCAUGUCUACGAUACCCAAGAGCGACGAACGGAUAUCUGA